CAUUUGAUUGCAGAGGGCCGAUAAGAGAUAAGUGACUGGACUGGCCCCUUCCAUAGCAAUUCUUACAGUGACGAGACGAAAACCGCACAGGAAGAUGCUGGCGGCUAUCUUCGUCAUCGCCCUUAUUGGGGGCUCCCACGGAUUCGAGAGCGAUGCCGACGUCGAAGAUGCCAACGCCUACGUUGACUCAGUCCUCGAGUUCGAGCUGCCGAGACGCAUGGCGACGCUGGACCCGGUCAAGGCUCGCGACUUCCAGCCGAUGAACGGAAAGCACUUGUACGGCCCAUCUGUGCGGUUCGUGUUCUUCAGUGUCACGGGCUUCCGAGACAUUCGGCGCGACGGCGACUGCCAGCUGACUCGCGCCGACGAGGAACACCCGACAGUCUUGCAAUGCAAGCUCUCGACCAAACUUCGUUACGACGUCGUGGUUAACAUGACCUACGAGAAUACGACAAUGCACGACGUGCGCAUCAACGGCACGUUCCACGGCGUCAGUGGUCCGCUAACUGUCACGUUCAGGAGAUCGCUUCCGGUGAAAGUCGAGUUCUCGCCUCGCUAUGACGUCAUGCUGGACAGCGUAGGGAUGCGACGUGCCCGCCCUCAUUGGUAUACUGGCAUAAUGGAGCGCGAGUUUCAUCUGGCAAUGAUUCACGUAUUCGAGUUCGCCACGAGAAGAGUCUUCGCCAAGGAAAUGUUUAACGCGGCUAAGGACGUCCCAUUUCCCGAGUGAAUCGGGACAUGAGACUGUAUGCACCCUCGACACGCGCUCAAGCUCUCAAGUCUCGUGAGCGCAAAGCCGAAGGUUUCAGUUUACGAAGCGGUUAUUUCAACAGAACAUUACCCUUGUUCAGCAGAAAAAGCGCGGUGCGUUGGAAAGAGAAAGACAGUGAUCAUUGCAAUAAUAAAGUUUGGACUGUGGCUAAAGGUACGCCCGACGUAUCCCUUAGACCUCUAUUAGAGGUACGUUGUACGGAUCCGGUAGUUUUUAUUUUUUAUGGAAGUACGUCCGACGUAUAUCGUUGGUUUUAGCAUGUUUCAGGUUAAGAUACGUCUGCAGCAUACUCCAGAUGAACAGCUUAAUCAAUGUUCAUUUUGUGUAUUGCGGUGCAGCGGGCCUGAUUGAGCGCAGCCGGCGCAGAUCGGCGUGCUCAACACUGCUGCAACAUCUGCCGCAUCCGCUUCCACAGCAUCGACG